CUGCCUCAGUGAACUGAUUGCUAGGGCUUCGAUACAAUUUGUAAAUUCCGAAAUCGAUGCCAAACAAUAUAGACAACCAAUAAUGGCGCGUAGUAAAAUUUGGAAAUACUAUGAUAAAAUAGAUCUCCAAACAGCACAAUGUGUACUCUGCGAAAAGAUAAUAAAAACCUGCGGCAACACCUCCAACCUCAUGAAACACAUGAAGACUCAUCCACAAAUCGAUGUCAAUGACCAUGAUUCGAUUGUAGUACGAGGCAUCCUCAAACGUGAACCAAAUCCCAUCAAGAGCCGCGGACGAAAGCAACCUAAGCAUGCAUCCAUUCAAAUUAAGUCGGAGCCUCAGCAAGUGGUUGAUGCAGAACAAGGUAAUAACGAUAUGGAUGUCAACCUGAUCGAACUUGUUAAUGCGGAGGCACAUGCAGCGGUCGAAAGUGUCGGGAAUGAGGAAACGUAUGCAAAUUGGGCAACGGCGGGAGCAGAGACCGAGUCCGCCGCGGAGACCGUAAGCGCAGAGGACAUUAUAGAAUUUGAGCCAAACCAAAUGCACAACGACGAAACUCAUCCAGAAUUGGAUCACUUGAUAGCCAGUAACAAUGUUUAUAUGAACAGUUUAGCAUACUUUCUGUGCCGCGACAAACAGCCGCUAAAUAUUAUACAGGGUGAGGGGUUUAAGCGCUUGGUCCAGGUGCUCUGCCCUAUCUUCCGUUUACCCAGCUCUGAGCAGCUCGCCGCGCACAUUGGCCAAAGAACGCAGAUUCAAAUAGCCCAAUUGCGACAACAAUUUGCCCACAUACAAAGUCUGUCGCUGAGUUGCGCCAUCAUCUCAAAUUCUGACCAGCAAUUGAGUUACCUAGAGGUGGCAUCUCACUACAACGAGGGCCUGCAUCGUCGUUCAAAAGCGCUAUCUGUGCAAAGGCUGCCAUUGCAGUAUAAUGUGAAUAACAUUGUGGAACGUUUGGAACGCAUUUGCCACCGAUUCGAUAUAGACAAAUCGAAAAUUGUUUGUAUUGUUAGCCGCAGUGAUCAAUUGAUGGAGAAUGCGGUAGCUACGCUGCUGGGUAGCCAACGGCACGUGCCUUGCUUUGCCCAUCUUCUGGAAGAGCUGAUCGAGUGUGUCGUCCAAAGACACGAGUUUAGUGCUCUUUGCGACAAGGUGCGACGCUGUCACGGCCAACAAUUGAAAAAGUUAGAUGUAGUUGGAAAGCCUUUGAGCAGCUAUGAAAUGCUGGAACGCUAUGUUAAGCAAGCGACACAACAGCACAAACUGUUGGCAACGGAUGCAUUGACGGACGCUGAGUUAGAUUUGGCUACGGAUCUGAUUACAUUGUUGGCUCCAUUAGCUAAUGCAGUGCGUCAAUUGUGUGGCACAAGUAUCGGCUGGUAUCCCAGUGCCAGUAAGGCAUUACCCAUUGCCUACACUGUUCUCAACGAACUGAAGCAGCCAGAGAGUGCAGAGCAGCAGCAUCAUCAAAUCGUAUAUGAUUUGCGUCAAUUUAUUAUCCGUUUUUUGGAGGAACGCUUCGAGGACAUGGAAAAUAAUACGCAAUUCGCGCUGUCGAGUCUUUUAGAUCCACGCUUCCGCAAUAUGCCCUUCCAAAACCCUUCGCAGGUUGCCAAAUAUAUGACACAAUUGUACGAGCUUUACGAGGAGAAAGGCGGGGAGAUGCCUGUCGAAUCGAAUGAGGAAGCAAACACGGACAACUACGACAUAUGGGCAGCAUAUAGAGCCUUUUCACACGAGAAGCACAAGCACAUCAAUAUGAAUGAGACUGAGAGUAUGGAUGAGAUAUCGAGCUAUUUCUGCUCUAGUAUUAGCAGCCUACAGACCGAGCCACUGUUGCUGUGGAAGGAUCUCGUACAGUUUCAUCCCUUUCUGCACAGUUUGGCCAAAAAGUAUUUGCAUAUACCAGCAUCGGCCUUACCGCCGACACGAAUAUUUACAAGUGGCGGCGAAGAAGUAGUAGCACAAGAUGGUAAAUCCUUAGACGAGCAAUUGAGCAACAUGGUUUUAUUGUCGGAUUGUACAAGGGAUGAGUGGCAAUUAUAGUA